AUGGGUUCAAGAAACGGGCCGUUUUCACACACCCUGCUUGUAAUUCAUGUAUUACUAGUGGUCACAACCGUGUUUUCUGACAGCACAGAAAGUGAGAAGCUCGUGACAUUCAAACGGUCGCUUUUGAAAGCCGAAGCGUUAAGCAACUGGAUCACAAGCGCUGCACCGUGCAACGGGGAUAAAGAAAACUGGAGGGGUGUUAUCUGCGGGAAAGAUGGGAGCGUGUUCGGGUUACGGCUCGAGAACAUGGCGUUAUCAGGGACGAUCGACAUGGACAUGUUGGCGGAAUUACCGGGAAUUCGAACGCUAAGCUUCAUAAACAAUAGUUUUGAGGGCCCAAUGCCUGACGUGCAGAAAAUCAGGCUGUUACGGAGCAUUUUCUUAUCGAAUAAUAACUUCUCGGGGGUGAUUAGGGACGACGCGUUUGCGGGAAUGAGUUCAAUGAGGAAAGUCGAGCUCCAAAACAACAAAUUUACGGGUCGGAUUCCGAGAUCACUUAGCGAAAUGAAGAUUCUUGUUGAUUUGCAGAUGCAAGAUAAUGAAUUUGAAGGUGAGAUACCGGAUUUUGAGCAAAAAAACUUGAAAGUGAAUUUUGCGAAUAACAGACUUUACGGUCCGAUACCUCCGGGACUCAGAAACCAGGAUCCGAGCUCAUUCGCAGGUAACAACGUAUGCGGUUCACCGGUUACCAACCCCUGCAAGAUCUCCAAGAAGAAAACCCCUCAAAAAACGCUCAUCAUAGCCAUCGCCACAAUUGCAACUCUAGUGGUCUUCGUCAUCUCUCCACUCAUCUUUCGGGCCCGAACAACAGCCAAAAACGGAUACAAAUACCAACAAACGACGAAGCUCGACAAGAACAACGAUUAUAAAACCAACACAAAAGACAUCGAGAUGCCCAGCUAUGAAGAAGAGAGCUACAAACGAACCCCAAACGGAGGGAAGCUUCAAUUCGUGAGGAACGACAUAACAGAGUUCAAGUUGCACGACCUUCUACGAGCGUCGGCGGAAGUUUUGGGCGGCGGAAGUUUUGGAUCCUCGUACAAGGCAACGUUGGCGAAUGGUCCGGCGGUGGUGGUCAAGAGGUUUAGGGAGAUGAGUAAUGUGAAAAAGGAAGAGUUUUAUUCACAUGCGAAUAGACUUGGAAGCUUCUCACACCCUAAUUUGCUUCCCCUUGUGGCCUUCUACCACAAGAAAGAUGAGAAGCUGUUGAUCACAGACUUUGCACAAAAUGGCAGCUUGGCUAGUCACCUUCAUGGUAAGCGGAAACCGAACGAGCCAGGGUUGGACUGGCGAACUCGGCUAAGCAUAAUCAAGGGCGUAGCGCAAGGGCUCGACUAUCUCUACAAGGAGCUACCUCACCUGGUGUUACCGCAUGGUCAUUUGAAAUCGUCCAACGUGCUUCUCAACGAUGCCUUCAUUCCCCUUUUGGCAGAUUACGGGUUGAUUCCGCUAGUCAACAAGCGGCAUGCUCAAAAGUUCAUGGUCGCCUACAAGUCUCCGGAGUUCACAUACCAUGAUAGCACGACGACCAAAACCGACGUUUGGUGCCUUGGCAUCCUCAUCCUAGAGAUACUUACGGGGAAGUUUCCUGCGAACUAUCUAAAACAAGGGAAAGGCGGCAGCUCCGAUUUGGAGACAUGGGUGAACUCAGUGGUUCGAGAAGAGUGGACCGGCGAAGUGUUUGAUAAAGAAAUGAAAGGCACAAAGAACAGUGAGGGAGAGAUGUUGAAGCUUUUGAAGAUCGGGAUGUGUUGUUGCGAAUGGAAUAUCGAGAGGAGGUGGGAUUUGAAGGCCGCUGUAGAGAAGAUCGGGGAGUUGAAGGAGAGAGGUAGUGACGAAGAUUACUCAUCUUGUACAAGUGACGGAGCUUAUUCUUCAAGAGCCAUGACCGAUGAAGAUUUCUCUUUUUCCGUCACCGGUUAACCCUUAACCCUAAACCCUAAAUCAUAAACCCUAAUUUAUUUCAUAUUGCUUGGUUUUAUACGAUUUCUUGUACUUUUUAACAUGAAUUUGGUCAUGACUUAUGAUUUGUUUGUCUUUGGGUUUUCUUGGACGAGGUUAACCUG